AUGGACGGAAGAAAGAUUUGGUUCCUUACUUUAACUCAAGUUUGCAACCUUAGAUGUAAGUAUUGUGGAAGUGAUGAAGUUUAUGACACUGAGAUUGAAGACCUUAAUCCUUGGCCAAUGGAAAUUAAUUAUGACCUAAAAUAUCUUAAUAGAAUUUCUGAAGAUAGUGAUCCAAUUGUUUGUUUCUAUGGUGGUGAACCAACUGUACGUCCACAAAUAAUUUAUCAAGUUAUGGAUAUGAUGCCUCAUGCUGAAUUCGUUUUACAAACAAAUGGAACUCUUCUUCAUACAUUAAAACCAGAAUAUAUUAAUAAAAUGGGAACUAUUCUUAUAAGUGUUGAUGGUAAUGCUGAAGUUACAAAUAAUAAAAGAGGAAAAGGUACAUAUGAAAAAGCAAUUGAAAAUGUUAAGUUAAUUAAAUUGAAUGGAUAUAAAGGUGAUCUUAUUGCUCGUAUGACUAUUUCAAAAGGAUCUGAUAUUUUCCGAGACGUUAAUUAUUUAAUUAAUACUAAAUUAUUUGAUCAUAUCCAUUGGCAAUUAGAUGUUUGUUGGGAUGCACCUGCUUAUGUUUCUUGGGAUUUUAAAUUCUUAGAAUGGAGAGAUACUAAUUAUCUUCCAGGUCUUCAUCGAUUAAUUGAUGAAUGGGUUGAUGAAAUGAAAAACAAUGGUAAGGUUCAAGGAAUUGCUCCAUUUACUGCAAUCGUUUAUUCUAUUUUAACAGGAGAAAAAAUGACAAGAGUUAGAUGUGGUUCAGGAUUUUCAUCAUUCAAUGUUGCUACAAAUGGUGAUGUUACUGGAUGUCCAAUUGCUCCUGAUCAAGACAUUUAUGGUAAGAUUCAAAACGAUGAUUUUAAUGAAAAAGAUAUGAAAGAUAAAGCACAUUUACUUUCCCCAUGUAAUAAAGAAGAGUGUGAUGUAUUUGAAUUAUGUGGUGGAAGAUGUAUGUAUGCUAAUGAAUCAAAAUGGUGGGGAGAUGAUGGAUUUAAAGAGGUAUGUGUAACAGUCAAAGAAUACAUUAAAAUGCUUCAAGAUAAAAUUCCUGAAAUUCAACAAUUAAUUGAUUCAGGAAAGCUUACUGUAGAAGAUUUCCAUUAUCCAUCUUUUAACAAUUCUAUUGAAGUUAUUCCAUAA